AUGCAUUCCUCAUCCAUCCUCCUCCUCGCCACCGCCGCCCUGGCACCCUUUGUGGCCGGCACGGAGCUCAAGAUCAACUCGAAGGACAUCCCGUCCGCCUGCACCGAGACCUGCGCCGACAUCCAGGAGCUGAGCGAGUCUUGCUACAACAGCCGGGACAAGAACAACAGCGAAAAGAGCGAGGCCAACUGCGUGUGCACCAACACCGAGUUUGAGGUCGGGGCGUCGUCCGUCGCCUGCCAGCAGUGCUUCGCCUCGCAGAAGGCCACCAGCGCCCAGCGCGAGAACAUCGACAGGAUCGUCAAGACGUGCAACUUCUCCAACAGCACCCUGUCCAGGUCCGCCGGCAACAUGCCCACCAUGACGUUCAAGGGCCCUUGGGGGACCGGUCUGGUCCCUACCUGCAUGCCCGUCACCGUCACCGUCACCGUCACUGUGGGCGACAACUACACGGCUCCUUACAAGACCAGCACGGCUUCCUCAUCCACCAAAACCUCGCCGAGUUCCACCUGGCCCUCUGGCACCACUGGAACCACUGGAAACGCCACCAGGCCCGGCACGCCCCUCCCUACAGCCGGUGCCUCGUCCAUCAACCCUGGCUUCCAGCUUGCCGCUCUUGCUGCUUUCGUCUACAUGCUUGCAUGA